AUGCAGGUGGUGCCGCAGGGCUGGGUCGGCGGGGAGGGCGCGCGCAGCGGGCAGGCGCCGCCGCCGCUGCAGCGCUCGCUGCUGGGAGCCAGCGGGUCGAUGCGGGCGCAGCUGUCGCUGGCGGAGUCUGUUGUGCUUGCCAGCCCCUCUGACCAGCUGGCGGGGGCAGCCGACUCUCUGGUGGUGGAGGCGCUGCUGCACGAGCUGCGCGGCGUGGCGGCGCUCGAGGAGGAGGCGCUGGAGCUGUGGGUGCAGGGGCUGGGCGCUGUGGAGCAGGCGGUACGGGAGCCGUACCGCCCCGCCCCCGCCCCCCGCGCCCACCUGGCACUCCUGCACCGCCAGCUCAUCGUGGCCGUGCUGCGCCGCCUGGACACGCUGCUGUUCAGGAAGCUGCUGGUGGAUGAGGGGGAGGGGCUGCCGCUGCGCCUGCCCAGCAUGGGGGGGCGCGACGCCUUUUCACGCGGCGCAGAGGCCGACGAGGUGCUGGGGGGCGGCGGCGACGCGGCGGCGGUGGGCCUGCUGGAGCCCGCGCUGCUGCCCUUUGCCAGGGGGGCACUCACCUUUGGCACCGGCGUGAGCCUGAAGAUGGCGGUCAGCCGGCUCAACAGCUGGGCGGCAGACUGCGGGGUGAAGGAGGAGCGGAUGCCGCAGGCACGCGGGCGCGGCGCUGGACGCAGCACAGAGAUGAGUGACUACCGCCUGUUCCCCUGCCUGCGUGCCACAGCAGACCUGCUGAUGAUGCCCAAGCAGGCGCGCAGUAGCGGGAGGGCCGUGCUGGCUGACCCCCAGAUGCGGCGCGAGGUGGUGCCCGGCCUGCCGCUGCACCGUGUGUGCCAGCUGCUGGAGCGGUUUGAGCCCGACGACAACGCGCCCGACCCGCUGCCGCCAGGCCUGCUGGAGGCGCUGCACAGCGAGAGCCCGCGCAGCGACGGCGGCAGCACGCCCUCCCCCACCGCCAAGGCCGAGGAAGAGUAUGCGGCACCGUCUGGGGCCGCCCUGCUGGCAGAAGGCAAGCAUAACUGGUACUCUACCUGA